AUGUACGAUCGUAUCACAUUUUUAAAUCACAUUGCUGAUGAAAAAAUUUUGGCGGGAUCUAAGAUCAAGAUUAAAUACAAGGCCGAUCUGUUUGGCGUUCAACGAAGCAUCAUCUCAAGAUUCAUAAUAAAUCGUCCAUCCACUAGUUCCAUUGGCAAAUGGAAUCAUGUAUCCAAUUUUUGUACCACUGCCGCCCGUUCGACCUCGAAUGUCGCCCCAGCUCCGCCAGGGGUUCCUCAUUAUAUCACUCAUGCUGACUUGUCCUCUCAUCAAAUCUAUAAUCUACUUACAUCGGCAAUCCAACACAAGUAUAAUGUAAAAUACCUUGAUGUCAACUCGGGACAGCCCUUAGCUGGGAAAACACUUGCGAUUAUGUUUUCUAAACGGUCGACAAGAACAAGGGUUGCCACGGAAACAGCCAUAACAUAUCUUGGCGGACAACCAAUGUUCUUAGGCUCUCAAGAUAUUCAACUGGGUGUUAAUGAAUCGCUUUUGGAUACUAGCAAAGUUGUGUCCAGUAUGGUGGCUGGUAUAAUGGCACGUGUUGGUGCUCAUUCUGAUAUUGAGACAUUGGCGAAAUAUUCCACCGUGCCCGUGAUCAAUGCUCUUUCAGAUAAAUAUCAUCCAACGCAAAUUCUGGCAGACCUAAUGACAAUGCACGAAAUUUUUGGUCCUCAACCAAAAGAUGAUUCUUCUUACGUUGCUCAUCUAACACAUCCCAGAGGAACACUACCAGGAUUGAAGGUUGCGUGGGUUGGUGAUGGCAACAACAUCUUACACAGUAUGUUGGUGACCUUUCCAAAGUUAGGCAUUCAUUUGUCAGUAGCUACACCCAAAGGCUACAGUCCAGCUGAGGAUGUGGUAAAUAUUGCAAAAGACGAGGCAGCGAAAACUAACACAGAAGUCAGCUUUACUCAUGAUCCUAAAGUGGCUGUUAAGAAUGCGGAUGUCAUCGUCACUGAUACUUGGAUUAGCAUGGGACAAGAGUCAGAAAAAGCGAAACGGCUACAUGAUUUUGCUGGAUAUCAGGUCACAUCAUCACUAGCCAAGGAGGGUGGAGCCAAACCUGACUGGAAAUUUUUACAUUGUCUUCCCAGGAAACAAGAAGAGGUUUCGGAUGAGGUAUUUUAUUCGCCACGAUCCUUUGUAUUUCAAGAGGCCGAAAAUCGCAAGUGGACAAUCCUUGCUGUACUAGACGCAUUACUCAUCAAAAAAGGAUUUGAUUAA